AUGUGGGUUCACAUCAGCGCUGUGCUGCUGCUCGUCUGCUGCCUUCAGGCGGUGGAAGCUCAGGCCGACGGGCGCAGGAGGAGCAUCUGGGAGGACCCCAUUCGGUUCAUCAGCCGGGACCGCGACCAGUGCACCAUGAUGGUGACGGGCCAGGCCCAGCUGACCAUGCUGCGGGUGUUGUGCCGGAGCACCGAAACGCCAGGCGACAUGUACUGGUGCGAUUACGUGGGCCAGCCUCACACCUGUCGCCCCUACAACAGCAACCCUCGACACUUCUUCACCCAGAUCAUGUGGAACCUGAGAAAGCUCUACAACGCCUGUGACGCACCGCCUGUGCUCGUGGCCCAUAUGUGCAGAAAGGGACCCACAGACGCCCAUAUGCACCUGUCUGCUUCGUCCUCAGUCCACCCUGGGACGGGGACCACCAGGGAGGCCACCAGCAGGCAGCCGGGACCAAAACCGGCUUCCAGAUCUACGAGACCAGCUCAGCCCAGAACCAAGACGCCAGCGACCCCUGCGAGGGCGGACCACACCAAGCUGGAACAUGUGAGACGGGCGCAUCUUAAAUCUACCACAGAAGAACCUGAGUGGACCACAAGUGGCACCAUCAGGCCAGCGGUAGAAAGCACGACACCAAGAGAGAUGACGACUGCAGAAACAAGCGCUCCCCAACUGACGACAAGCACCAGCAAGAGUUAUGCUAAAAGGAAGGCGCAGGAGGUCUGCUGGCGGUCAUUCCAGGGCAUCUGUUCCUAUUUCAUUGGCUUGUUUAAGAACUGA